AUGCGCGCACAGUUGGACGACAGGUUACGUACUCUAGGGAUUGAAUUGCGUGUACACACACACAAGGCAGCACCCACGUGCACUGUGCACGAGGCCGAGUUGGCAAAUUGGGAUAUCAAGGGCGUCCCAUUGGUUAAUCUCUUUGUGAGAGCCAAGAAGAACCAGCAGUUGUUCCUGAUCUGUACGCCGGCUGAGCGCAAAGUGUCGCUCAUGUCAUUCCAGCGUGACAUUAUGAAAUACAGUCGUGCCAAUAUGAUACGCUUCGCACCCGAGGAGACUAUGUAUCCAACAUUAAAGGGUUGCCAGUUGAGAGAAAGGGGCACUGAACACAUCGCAUUGGCGCGUGCCACAGAGUAUAAGGUGCAUCCGGGCUGUGCGACACCACUUGCGGCGAUGUUUGCGGAUGAAAAGCUCACUGUGGUAAUUGACAAAGCAAUCAUGGAUUCAGAGCAACUCGUGAUGGUACAUCCUCUG